CUUUUGGGGGACCCCCCGGGCCCCCCCUCCCCCCCCGCCAUGGAGGACGUGACCCCCCCGGAUCUCCUGCCCUUCCUCCUGCAGCAGGACUGGGGGGCGCAGGAGGGGGGGGAGCCGUUGCCCUCGGUGGAGAUCCUGGAGCAGCCGAAGGCGCGAGGGAUGAGAUUCCGCUACAAAUGUGAGGGGCGCUCGGCCGGGAGCAUCCCCGGAGAGCACAGCACCGACACCACCAAGACCCACCCCACCAUCCGCGUGAGUCCCAGUACAAACCAGUAUAAACCAGUAUAAACCAGUAUGGACCAGUUAGCACUGGUGCCUGCCUAGCAACACCCCCCCCGACCCCUCCGAGCAUCCCCAUCCCCGGAGAGCACAGCACCGACACCACCAAGACCCACCCCACCAUCCGCGUGAGUCCCAGUACAAACCAGUAUG